GAUCUCCAUACCAGACCACAGGGUACUCUGGGCUCUGUGUGUGUGUCACUGGAGCCAAGGAGGUUUCUCUAAACAUUUUUGCUUCAAUCUGGGUCCGAUUCUAACUUAUCCAGAACGGUCUGCAUAAAUAUGGUCAGCAUCAGUUUGCAGCGCACUGAACAACAUCAGCACAACUGGAAUUAAAUUGUCCAAACUGACAACGGGAGAAGCUUUCACCUGUCAUAUUUCAGAGGCUGUGCACCCCUCCAUGCUGACAGAGAGAGUCCCUGUCGGCCUGAUGUCCUCUGUUGUAGCCCCAGAAAAGCCCACCUCCAACACCAUGGGCCCCAAAGAGGUGGAGCUGAUCCUGGUGAAGGAGCAGAAUGGGGUUCAGUUCACCUCGACCACCAUAGUGGCUCCUACUCAGACCAAACCCAGUGGGGAGGACGAAAGGGAGACCUGGGGGAAGAAAAUCGACUUCCUCUUGUCUGUGAUCGGAUUUGCCGUGGACCUCGCCAACGUCUGGAGAUUUCCCUACCUCUGCUACAAGAAUGGAGGAGGUGCGUUCCUGGUGCCAUACCUGUUCUUCAUGGUGAUAGCAGGCAUGCCUCUCUUCUACAUGGAGCUGGCUCUGGGACAGUAUAACAGAGAGGGGGCAGCAGGCGUCUGGAAGAUCUGUCCCAUAUUUAAAGGUGUAGGCUUUACAGUGAUCCUCAUUUCCCUCUACGUUGGUUUCUACUACAAUGUCAUCAUCUCCUGGGCGCUGUUCUACCUGUUCUCCUCAUUCACCAGCGAGCUGCCGUGGGUCCACUGCAACAACACUUGGAACAGUCCUAACUGCUCCGACUGGGCUGACAACAGCUCAGUCAGUGAUAUUUACAAGGCCACCCCUGCUCAGGAGUACUUUGAACGACGGGUGCUCCACAUCCAGGACAGUAAUGGUAUUGAUAACCUGGGCCGCCCACGCUGGCAGUUGACUUCCUGUCUAGCUGUAGUGAUUGUUCUGCUCUACUUCAGUCUGUGGAAGGGAGUCAAGACAUCUGGAAAGGUUGUGUGGAUCACAGCCACAAUGCCCUAUGUGGUCUUGACUGUGCUGCUGGUCCGCGGAGUCACCCUGCCUGGAGCCAUCGAUGGCAUUAAGGCCUACCUCUCUGUCGACUUCCUGAGACUCUGUGAUGCCAAGGUCUGGAUUGAGGCAGCGACACAGAUCUGUUUCUCUCUGGGAGUGGGGUUUGGUGUGCUAAUUGCCUUUUCCAGCUACAACAAAUUCAGCAACAACUGUUACAGAGACGCCAUCAUCACCAGCUCCAUCAACUCUUUAACCAGUUUCUUCUCCGGCUUUGUGGUCUUCUCAUUCCUUGGGUACAUGUCCCACAAGCACAACGUAGACCUUGACAAAGUUGCAAGAGACGGUGCUGGUUUGGUGUUUGUCAUUUACCCAGAAGCCAUUGCAACAUUACCUGGAUCAUCAGUGUGGGCGGUCAUCUUUUUCAUUAUGCUGUUGACACUGGGAAUUGACAGUGCUAUGGGUGGGAUGGAAUCAGUGAUCACGGGGCUGAUUGAUGAGUUUAAAUGCCUCCACAAGCACAGAGAGCUGUUCACCCUCUUCAUUGUUUCUGCCACCUUCCUCAUAUCCCUCUUCUGUGUUACAAAUGGUGGGAUGUAUGUGUUCACUCUGCUGGACCACUUUGCGGCAGGGACAUCGAUUCUCUUUGGAGUGCUUAUUGAAGCCAUUGGCAUUGCAUGGUUUUAUGGAGUGGACCGAUUCAGUGAUGACAUUGAAGAGAUGAUUGGUCAGCGACCAGGCAUGUACUGGAGGCUGUGCUGGAAGUUUGUCAGCCCCUGCUUCCUCCUGUUUAUGGUGGUGGUGAGCUUUGCCACGUUCAACCCUCCAAACUACGGCACCUACACGUUUCCUCCAUGGGCUAACAUGGUGGGGUGGUGUCUGGCUAUUUCCUCAAUGUCCAUGGUGCCUCUAUACGCCAUCUACAAACUCUGCAUACUGCCUGGGAAGUUUUGUGAUAGACUGGCCUAUGCCAUCACCCCAGAGACAGAGCAUCAUUUGGUAGACAACGGGGAGGUUCGGCAGUUCACACUGCAUCACUGGCUGGUGGUCUGAAAAGUACAGAGCAAGAGAGAUAAAGAGACUGAACGAGUGUGUGUGUGAGAGAGAGAGAGAGAGAGAGAGAGAGUAUGGACUUUGGGUGUGAAUGCAUGCACAGCAAAGGUCUGAAGAAAUAGGAAGAAAAAGAAAUAGUAAUUUGAGUCGAUCAGGGUGGUGGUGGGAGGUUAAAAGUGCUGAAAAAAAUAUUGUAGUGUGCUUUAAUUUCAGCAGUGGGUGUGUGAAGCUGUGCAUUGACCCUCUCCACCAUUGUGUUGACAUUAGUGAAUGGGAUUCAGUCAAACCUAUAAUGUGGUGUUCAUACUGCUUCUGACAUAAAUACAUAACUCUUUAUGAAUGGUAAAAUGGGUUUUCUUUGAGGCAAGUAGGCGCAGUAAAUAAGAAUUGGUUUAUUUUUAUUGGGUGAAGAUUUUGGACACAACAUCUGAAAGAGUUAGUUUCCAAACUGCAGGAUCUGUUUUUGGAAAUAACUGUUUUCUUUAAGAUCAUUUGUAUUUGUUCUAUACUUUAAUUUUAUUUUCAAUUUGUCACUUUCAAAACAAUAUUAAUGACAGUAUUGGUUUUUUUUAGCGGUCAGUCAUGAUGACAUGAUGACAUAAUGCAUGCCACAGGUUUCACUGAAUCCCAGUCCAUGUCUUGUUUAUUAUAUUUAUUUUAUGUACUUGCUCUUCUUAAAGACUGUUAUAAUACACAAAAUCCCUGCAGACUUUUGUUUACACCAAAACAAUGUACAGGAAAGAACAGCUGCUACAUCAAUAGACCAACAUAACAUCAUCUGAAUAAACUAAAACAAAGUAUGAAAAAUCAUUAUGAGCUUUCUCACUGAGGAUUCGUCAGUUACAAAUCAGUACUGAGUUCAGUAUUGAUUGUCUGAAAAUAAAAGUCACUUCCUCUUACCGCUGUCCGCCUUUAGUCAUGUUGGAAGGACCAACAGAAACAUAAUUUGACCAGUAGUGCAAUUUUGUAGUGUUGUCAAGGGUUGGUUUAUAGUAAGACUGUCCAACAAAUUCCAACACAUUGGUGAAUACAUUCUAAAAAAUAAUAAAACUGAACCUAUCUACAGACCAUUUGAUUGUUAACUUUAUCUUGCCGGGUCAAUCUCUCUUCCCCAUUAUAACAAAUCAGUGCCAUUGCACAUUUCAUUUUAGUUUAAUUGGACACUAGUUGUGUGUUUUUACACAAAGUUUUCCGGUGAAGAUUUGAAAGCUAUGACUGUCAAAUUUCCAGAAAGCAUCAAGCUUUAAUGUUACUGUUUACAUAAUCGUAUUAAGUGUUUCAAGACUGUUUGAAAGCUGCUUUGUAUUGAGCUGCAAAUGGAUAGUGUGUAAUGUAAUAUAUGAAGUAAUUUAAGUUAUAUAUCUGUGUAAGUAAAUGUAAUGUAGAGGGGCUUGUAUUGUAUUGUACUGUAUGAUAUUGAAUAACAAGAC